AUGAUUGACAAGCAUUUCUUUGUGAUUGCGUUGCUGCUCCUGGCCUCUCCCGUGAUCUUCUCGCUAGGACUGAAGUCGAUUCACUCUCAACAAAGAAGAGUGAUCAGAGAGAGUCUGAAGUUCUUGACCACACUGCAGAGUUCUUGGAUUCGGCGGUGCCUACCCCACAGGGAAAACUUCGCGCUUCCCCACAAGUCCAUGAAUUCUCACCAGGACCACGAAGGACACGCAGUGGCCAUUCUCCAUGAGAUGCUCCAGCAGAUCUUCAGCCUCUUCAGGACAAACCACUCUGUGGGUAACUGGGAGCAAAGCCACAUGGAGAAGUUCCUCACUGAACUUCAUCAGCAGCUGGACCAUCUAGAGGCACUAGAAGCAGAACAGAAGAGCCACCCCCUAGGUACUGACAGCUUCAUGCUGCAAGUGAAAAUGUACUUCCGGAGGAUCCGUCGGUACCUGAAAAACCAGAAGAACAGCCACUGUGCCUGGACCAUUGUCCGAGUCGAAGUCAUUCGAUGCCUGUUCUUUCUUUUCAGAAUCACAAGAAAGCUGAGUAACAAGAAUGGACCCUCAAACCCGAUGAAGCGUGAUCUGACCACAGCCGUUAAAAGCAUAGGGUAG